AUGAAACAGUUUCAAUUGUGGGAAAUUGAAAGUGUUAGCACACCUUUUCAGGAAAGUAAUGAAAGCUCCCUAGGGAUGACACUUCUAGUGACAACGUAUAGACCACUAUCAGGAACUACCAUACCUAUACCUCAAUCAUCAUCUAACAUACCAUCUUAUAUACAACUACGACAACCAUACCUAGGAGAUAGGAGAGGAGGAACCUCAAGUAGAAUACCUCGAAGAGUUACAUUUAAUACCAGUAAUGAUAGAAGGUCUCUAUCUCCUGUUAGGGUAGAAAAUGUUCAACAAUUAGUAGCCUUAACAUUAUCCAAUAAUCAAUCGUCAAGACCAUCAAAUUUGAGGGUAACAACUCCAUCAGUAGGAAAUACAAAUAGUAGAUCAUCAUUGGAAAAUCCCUACAAUUUUUCUCAAGCAACUCAAUAUAGUCAUAUAUUUAAUCCCUUGACACCACUUGAUCCUCUUUGA